UGGCUGCAUCGCGGGAGGCGCAUGGCUGGUCUGGCGCUGUCACGGGCCUGGAAACAGAUGUCCUGGUUCUACUACCAAUACCUGCUGGUCAGGGCGCUUUACAUGCUGGAGCCCUGGGAAUGGACUGUGUUCAAUUCUAUGCUGGUGUCGGUUGUGGGGAUGCCUCUGUACACUGGGUAUGUGUUCAUGCCCCAGCACAUCCCGGCCUUUCUGCACUACUUUGAAAUUGUACAAUGACCACGACAAGACCUGGAUCUAGAGGCUCCUUGGGCAAGAUGCAUGCUACAAAGUUGGA